AUGGCGUUUAUUGUCAUCGGCGGCAUCGGUACCCAGAAGGAACUCUCGACGGCAUCCAGGUAUGUCAUUGUGGUCUUUUCCUAUGUCGUGAUCUGCGCGUAUAAUUUCGGCCAGGGACCCUUGACGUACGCGGUCACGCGCGAAUUGUCCGUUGGUGUCAAUCAGAACAAGAUCAUCUCCGUGUCGAUUGUCGCUCUGUACUUCUUCCUCUGGGUCAUUUCCUUUACUGCGCCUUAUCUGUACACCGAUGCUGGACUGGGCCCUAUGGUUGGGUUUGUUUAUGCGGGUACGACACUGACCUCGCUCGCUUGGGUGUGGUUCUGUGUGGGGGAGACGCAGGGGAGGACACAGUUGGAAAUUGCUUCUUUCUUCUCGGAGGGAGUUCCUGCGCGCAAAUGGCAACAUCAUAUCUUUACGGGGCUGGCGGGACGUGUGCAAAAGGACAUGGAGGCGGCCGUGGAGAAGUCUGAGGCAUCUUACGUCCAGAGUUCUCAAGUUAGCUAA